UGAUGAGAUGCCCUGAUACAUAUGUUGACAUGCCAAAUGGUGGCUUAGCCAGGACCUGAUCCCACAGUCAAGGAAGAGAAAACCAUCCUGUAAUCCUGGUAGAAAAAACAUGCCAACUUACUCUGUUAAAAAGCUUUCUAAAUACAGUGAGAUUAAGACAGAAGGAGGGAUGUCCUGAAACAGUUGGAAAGGAUGUAAGACAGUGUCUUAUUCCCUUAGUCACUACUGCUUUUCCAGUUGGGAUGCUUUCCAAAGAUGUUUCUAAAUACAAACUAAUGGUAAAGAAACCUAUUUUAAUCAUAUAUACAGAGAAAAUGCCUUUUAACCAGGUCUCUCCUCUGUUCCAGUACUUUGAAUACACAUCUCAGAAGGAGAUCCGUUACAACUCGGUGACAGAGCUGUGUGCCGAAGUGCUCGAGGGACAGACCUCAGUCGGGAUGACACAGUGCCCUCGUGAUGGGGAGUUCAAGCCACCCAGUAUGAUCUGGGAGUUCAGAAAUGAUGGGACCAUCUACCACCCUCACUCAGACAUGUGUGUGACAGCCUACUACACAGCAGAUGGCCACACAGACAUUCAGAUGAGCCGGUGCAACCCAGGAGACAAAAAACAGGGGUGGAAGUUUGAGCACCAAGAGGAGCAAGACAGACAGUAGCCAGGAACCUCAAAUGACCUUUUUUUGACCAUAGUGCAAUUACUACAGCGGACGUCUCCUCAGAUGCUCCCAGUUCCCUCAUCAUCCCAAGGUGUGCACUCCAUUUGAAUGGGAAUGGCGAGCAAAUUAAAGGUGGUGAAAAGUCCCUUUAAGCCAAGUGCAGAUUUCAAUGUCGUGAAUGAGAAAUUGAGAAAUGCAAAGCAAGGUGUUUUUGGCCUUAUUUUUUUUCUCAAAAAGACCAGCUGGACUUGAGACUUUUCCUUUUGUGUCCAUCCAAGUGCCUCUGUAACAGAGUCCAUGUGUUCUUGUGACUUGAAAGCAGUGAAAGUGGCUGGACUGACCAGGACAUGAAGAAGUGCCUUUCAGAGAGAUUAAAGACAAAGCAUUUCCUUGAAAACUAGAUGCAAAAUCAUGCUGCACUACAGAAUGUUACCUUAAUGUGCAAUUAAUAUUAAUUAUUGUUGUUAAGUUCACAUGCUUGUUUGUUUUAUUGUCAAAACAAUGAGCAGUUUAAUGAUGGGCAGCUUGAAGAACCUGUGCCAGGAAUGUAAAGUCAGCAGCAUUUAGCCUCCAAACCAGCUACAUCCUGACGUGCUCCAUCAUGUGAGAGAAAAUCAGUCAUACUCAAUUACUUCUCAAUUCUCUCCCUAGUCUGUGGAGCCAGUUUCGUGGUAAAAUGCUGCCUGAACAAGACCUGAAGGAUUAAUUAAGCAUUUGUACCAAGUGCAAUUUUCACCAGAGGGCAUAGUGAGUUGUCAGCAAUCUUGCAAUCUAUUCUUUCCUGUUAUGUAAAGUUAAGAAUACCCUUUAAACUCAUCUGUCAUUGUGCUUUUGAGAGGUUGUCAUUUUAAAAUGAAAGAGAACUUUGUGCCAAAAUGAAAUGUGCCAGUGGAUGUCAAAUGUAUUUAGAAGAUUUUAAAAGCUAAAGUCUAACAUUGGCUUGAUGCACUUGAUUUUACUGUGGCUGAAAUGUACUGAACAGCGGCUGUAUUUGCCUAUGACUGCUUAUCACUGAGCAAUAUUUGUAAUGUGAGAUAUUCAAACCAGUCAAAGGAUACAGCAGUAAACAUGUUAGACUGUUUGUUUCUUUUGUAAAUGAUGUUUGGUUUAAGGGACCAGAGGGUGCAGAUAUAAAGCACCUCUAAAACUACUGAUAAUGCAAAAGGGAUGAGGAGGAGGAGGAUUACUUGAUAUGAAGAUGAUGGUGGAUGUUUCAAAAAAUGAUUGAAAGAAUAAAAAACUAACCACAGAUAUAAA